GGUGCCGACGUAUUGAAAAUAUCUGUACAAAAUAAAAUUGUUUUUAAGUCCAACUAACACAUGGUGUUUGGAGAAUAUAAAUAAUUGUUAAAACUGAGUUAACAUUGACCAAAUGAGCUGACAAUGAUCGGAUUGAAAGCGUCGACUCUUUGAGGCAGGCAUUGAAAUCAAACCGAAAACCCACGAAACCCGCCGGCAACUGAAUCCACUGAAUCCACUGAGUACUGGCAACCAAAGAGGGGCCCUGAAAUACCUUGUGCCCAGCUAGCAGCUGCAAUAAUGCACAUUUCUGCUGAGGUCAGUUCGACCACCUCAAAUCAAAUACAGCAACAGCAGCAGCAACAUCAGCAGCAGCAGCAACAUCAGUUGUUGCAGCACCAGCAACAACAGACAGCAACAACGACCACAACGAAGCGGCGGAAUGCUGAGUCCUCUGCCAGCAGCAAUAACAACAACAACAACAAUACCAGCACCACCAACAAUAAUAAUACUAACAAUAACAACAACAGCACCACGAACAACAACAACAACAACAAUAAUAAUAAUGUUAAAACAAAGCCCGUGGACACGAGUCCCUACUUAACCCCCGAGAAUCUCAUCGAGCGCACCGUCGACGUCCUGCUCGCCGAACAUCCUGGCGAGCUGGUCAAGACGGGAUCUCCACAUGUGGUCUGCACCACAUUGCCCACGCACUGGCGCUCAAACAAAACUCUACCGAUCGCCUUCAAGGUUUUGGCACUGGGCGAGGUCAUGGAUGGCACUAUAGUCACCAUUCGAGCCGGAAACGAUGAGAACUUCUGCGGGGAACUGAGAAACUGCACGGCCGUGAUGAAAAAUCAGGUGGCCAAGUUCAAUGAUCUGCGGUUCGUGGGCAGAAGCGGAAGGGGCAAGAGCUUCACACUGACGAUUGUCAUCUCAACGAACCCCAUCCAGAUAGCCACCUACACCAAGGCCAUCAAGGUGACCGUGGAUGGGCCGAGGGAACCAAGAUCGAAGGUGCGACACCAGGGAUUCCAUCCGUUCGCCUUUGGGCCGCAACGUUUCGGACCGGAUCCACUUAUGGCCGGAUUGCCCUUCAAGUUGCCAGGAUUCGCACACCAUCUGGUGGGGAUGCACAGCCACCUUCAUGCGCCCGACUGGCGCGCCCACAUGGCCUUGGGCGGUCGCCCAGCGGCCUUUACCGCCGCCCCCUUUUUUGGCCACCAUGCGGCCGCUUUUCCCACCGCCAGUGGUCUGCGUGGAUUGAGUGGGGACAGCCAGCAGCACCAGCAGCAGCAGCAGCAGCACCAGUUGGCCACUGUGGGGGCGGCACAUAGCACCACCAGUCCGGAGGGAUCUCCGACCACCACAACCACGAGCGGUACGCAGCUUAGCGCCUUUGUCCAGCCACCAAUGACGUCAUCGCCACCGCCGGUCACCAGUUUGCAGCAUGACAAUAAUAAUAACAACAGCAACAACAACAACAGCAGCAGUCACAUUGAUGCGGGUUUCGAAAGCGACAGCAUUUCGGUAACAGGAUCGCCGCGAAAAAGCCUCGGCUCCCCUUUGACCCACGACGAGGAGGAGGCAGAGGCAGAAGCUGAAGCUGAAGCAGAAGCAGAGGCGGAGGCUGAGGAAGCGGAGGUGGGCGGAUUAAGUCGGAAUGGUGGCGGCAUUCAGGGCCCGCUGCACAGCGAAAGUUCCCCGGGCUCGGGUGGCGCCUUCACCGCCCUCAUCCAGCGAAGUGGCAAAAAUCCCACCGAAUUAUUCGGCGGCUUUGCCGCUGCAGGUGGAAAUCACUUUGCACCCAGCGGUCAUAGUUUCAAUCCCGCUCUGGCCGCCCAACUCUUCCUGCAAAGUCCCCUCUUGCCGCAAUCCAGCCAGUGGCUAUAUACCCAGCUAUAUGGCAGCUACAGUGAUCUACCCUGGCUGAGGAACGCGGCGGCUGCGGCGGCCGCGAAUAUAAAUCCCGGCCAGGAGAACUCCGGCAUACCGCCAUUGGGCAGCAAUCCCGAUCACGAUGGCGUUAACCUGAUCAAGCGCUGUGUCACACUGAUAACCCACAAUCCGCCGGACGCGGAGAACGCCAAUCCAAACGCCUCGCCGCCGGUCAGCUCCACCAGGCGAUCGCCCUCCCCCGUGGAAACCAUCGAUCUGGACGACGUGAGCACCACAUCGCGCUCGGCCAGCGGUUCAAGCGGCCAUGGCGGCGGAGUCGGUGGUGGUGGUGCAGUCGGACCCAUUAGGACGCGCACACCCAAACCGUCGGCGGAUGUCUGGCGUCCCUACUAGCGGCUGGCGGCCGCCUUGCUCGGCACAUGUCUGGCGGCCCAAGGUCAAGGGGGCGGCGUCGGAGUUCCCGAUGAGCAGGAGGCGGAGCGGGUCACCUAGCUGGUCCACAGCGAGGGGAAAUGGGCAGGAAGAGGGCGCAGCAGCGAGCUUGUGGUGUUGUGAAUAGUCGCCAUAUCGCAGCUGGCGGGGAUUGCAACUUGAAUUUGUUGAGCCAUUGGAAGAGCCAAGCAGGAUAUUCAAUUACAACUAAAACUAAUAGAAAAGUUUGGCUAGGAACAGGAAUUUCAUGUAAUGCAAUAAAUUAUGUUUGAAAUUAAACCGAUUUAUGUUCGCUUGUCAACAAAAUAAAUCACAAAAAAAGUAAUACCACUUUUAUAAACAUUUCAAAAAUAAUUUAAGGACUUGAGCAUAAUGAAAUUAAAUGUCUCUUGUCAUUCUCAUAAAUGCUUGAUGAAUUCAUGAAUUAUUAUUUUUCAAAAACAGCACAUAUGAUUUUGAGCCUAUUCAGUGAAAAAAUCGUUCAAAUAAUCAAAUAUAUGGCAUUUAAAACUCGAAAAUCAAUUAUCAAAUGCACCAGAUAUAUGAGAAAUUAUAUCAAAAUUACUUCAGAUGGCAAAAUAUCUUUGUUUUUGAUCAACUUGAACUUACUAGGCCUCUAUUUUCAAUUCGGUUAUUCGGUUAAAUAAUUAUAACAAUAAUUUUCAAACGAAAUAUCAAAUAACAAAUUCAGGGAGCAACACUCGCGUCAAGUAAUUUUGUUUGUUUGUUUUUUUUUAUGGUUAACCGUAAUGUAAGUGGCUCACAUAUCGAAUUUAAAUCAAUUAGCAUGGCCCUAAGAAUCAAAUAUAUAUAAUUAGUGGAGGGCGGGGCUGACAUACAUAAUACACGAAUAUAUACGAGAUCUGUGUACAUUGAACAUAUUUAUUGCUCUGUAUUUCCCCCUCUUAAAUGAAUAUUGCAACAAAUUAAACAUAGUUCUUAAGAAAAUACCAUUUUUUUUUGCAAGACACAAAGAACAUGAAAGUAUGAAAACGGAAUGAAAUAAUAAUAUACAUUUUAAAAUUUAUUAAAAAUAAAUUUAAGC